GAUGAAACCAAACAACUCAGACCACGCCCGGUGGGCCCCCCUGCCCAACGGAUCUCAUUUUCUCAUUAGCCAUGUUUCUCCAACGCACGAUGGAGAUGCUGGCGAGUUGCCCCAGUGACGUUGCCGCUUGGAACGAGGCGGGCUCAUCGUUCAUGGUCAAGGAUGUGUCGGUGCUGGAGCGCCGCGUCCUACCCCAGUACUUUCGCCACAAUCACUUUGCAAGUUUCACACGGCAGCUGCGGUUCUAUGGCUUUGAGAAGGCCAAGGUUCCGCUAAUACACACAACCGCCGCGACCCACGACGAAGUCUUAUGCUGGGAGUUCACCCACCCCAAGUUCCUACGCGACGCACCCCACAAACUCGACACGAUCCGACGAAAGACGUGCACCGACCCGACGCCAAAGUGGAAUGCCGACGAAGUGGCCGACCUUCGAUCGGACCUGUCGACCCUGCAAGCCAAGAUGAGCGUGCUCUUAGGCCACGUGUCGACUUUGGCCACGGUGCUGCACGACAUCGCCAAGGACGAAGAGACGGCUGUCGAAUGGGAUGCGCCUUCUCUGUGGGGAGACAUGGACGAGCUCCUACUGCUGGGCACCGAGUCGUUUGCGACCUCCAACGUCGACACGUUUGUGGACGGAACUGUGUUUUCGCUGUAGCGUUUGAUCGGAGGGGAAGUCUAGCAUAUUUUUCCACCUGCCCGCCCUUUCUACCUGUGUACAGACUAGCCCCGGCCCCGGGCAUGGAAGACUAUUAUAGGACACCACUACUGUAAGGUCUUGGCUUAGACCCUUUAAUUAUUGCUCAUGAACAAGAUAAACCGCCUAAGUUUACGUCAAGGCCACAACGUCGUUAACUUUUGCA